AUGAAUUUAAAGCCAAGAACAUCAAAAAGAAGAAAGUGAGCAUUAUGGUUUCUGUGGAUGGAGUGAAAGUGAUUCUGAAGAAGAAGAAAAAGAAAAAGGAGUGGACGUGGGAUGAAAACAAGAUGCUGGUGAUGCAGGACCCUAUUUACAGGAUCUUCUAUGUCUCUCACGAUUCCCAAGACUUGAAGAUCUUCAGCUAUAUUGCUCGAGAUGGUGCCAGCAACAUUUUCAGGUGUAAUGUCUUCAAAUCCAAAAAGAAGAGCCAAGCUAUGCGAAUCGUCCGGACCGUGGGGCAGGCUUUCGAGGUUUGCCACAAGCUGAGCCUCCAACAUACACAGCAAAAUGCAGAUGGCCAGGAAGACGGGGAGAGUGAGAGGAAUAGUGAUGGUUCAGGGGACCCAGGACGCCAGCUAACUGGAGCCGAGAGGGCCGAGAGGGCCUCCACCACAGAGGAGACUGAUAUUGAUGCGGUAGAAGUCCCACUCCCAGGGGAUGAUGUCCUGGAAUUCAGCCGAGGUGUGACUGACCUGGAUGCUGUGGAGAAAGAAGGAAGCUCCCACAAAGAGUCCAAGGUCUCACCCUACCCUCAGAAGCCCAUGCUGACAGCUUCACCCCGCAUGCUGCUUCCCUCUUCUUCCUCAAAGCCACCAAGCUUGAGUACUGGGACACCGCUGUCCACCCACCAUCAGAUGCAGCUCCUCCAGCAGCUCCUCCAGCAGCAGCAACAGCAGACGCAAGUGGCUGUGGCCCAGGUCCACUUGCUGAAGGAUCAGUUGGCUGCUGAGGCUGCGGCACGGCUGGAGGCCCAGGCUCGUGUGCACCAGCUCCUACUGCAGAACAAGGACAUGCUACAGCACAUCUCUCUGCUAGUAAAACAGGUCCAGGAGCUGGAGCUGAAGCUGUCAGGACAGAACUCCAUGGGAUCCCAGGACAGCUUGCUGGAGAUCACCUUCCGUUCUGGAGCCCUGCCUGUGCUAUGUGACCCCACGACCCCUAAGCCAGAGGAUCUGCACUCACCACCACCGGGCUCGGGCUUGGCUGACUUUGCCCACCCAGUGGGCAGCCCCUUAGUGGACCACAGCAUGUUUGAGAAUUUGAACACAGCUCUCACUCCAAAGCUGCAGUCCAGCCAUUCCUUCCCCCACUUGUCUAGGCCUCUGGCCCCCAGCUCUGCCACCUUGAGUUCUGCAGAGCCUGGAGAGCCAGGACUCAGGGUUGGCAGCAGCCAGCACCUGAAGAACCUGGGAAAAGCCAUGGGGGCCAAAGUCAAUGACCUCUUGCGAAGAAAAGAACCUUCAAGCAUUGGCAGUGUGGGUGUGAUGGAGAUCAACAAGACAGCAGAGGCCCAGCUGGCUGGUGUAGCUGAUGUAGCAUCAGGGACCUGGCUGGAGGAUGAAAAGUCAGUCCAAGAAACAUUCCCUCGGCUGGAUCCACCACCUCCCAUAACCAGGAAGCGGACCCCGCGUGCCCUGAAGACCACCCAGGACAUGCUGAUUUCAUCACAGCCUGUCCUGAGCAGUCUAGAGUAUGGGACAGACCUGCCACCUGGGCAGUCCCAGGACUCCUCUGCCACUGCCCAGCCUGUCCCAGUGGAAGACACUUCACAACCAGAGACUACCAUGAAACUGGGUGAUAGGGGCAAUGAUCUGACUAAUGGUGAGGUAUCCAGGUCAGUCCCUGACCUGAUAAACAAGGACAACCAGGAUGAAUCCAAAAUCAAGGUAGCUGAGCACAGAAGAGCCUCCUCCCCUGGCCUCAUUGGGAGGAAUGGCCUCAAACUCAGUUUGAGCCCCAUGAGCCUGGCAGAGUCCUGGGAAGACUACAGUCCCCCUCCUCAGUCACGAACCUCCAGCCUUGACAAUGAGGGCUCUCACCCAGACCUUCUGUCCUUUGAGUAGAGCGUUUUGUCUUUCCUGUUGAACAUCCUCUUCCCUUUUCAUUCCCCUCCAUUGCACACAUGGGCCCUUGCCCCAGCUCCGUGUACCCUUUGUCUUCCUUGUACAAGAUAUCAGCUGAGAACCCACUUUCUGUUCAAGAUGUUUCAGAGCCAGAAGUACAUGGGUAGUCCUAGUUAAAAAGUCUGUCUGAAGAAUGGCAAAAAGGACAGGAAUGCCACCUCUGGGAGCUCUUUGGUAUUGACUGCAGCUUUUGGCUCUUGGAAAUGAAUGAAGGCCCACCAGCCUGGGAUGAUGGCUCGCCUAGGAACUCUCUGUGCCUAUCUCCUCUAUGCUACCUACUCUUUUCUCCUACGUCUGGAUUCCUUGCCUUCGGCAUUAGGGGGUACAGUCUGGGCAAGGAAUGAUGGGCUUGGCUUGAUGAUGGGGCCUGGCCUGGAAAGCCUUGAUCAUAACCCAGCCUUACUCCUCCUGGUCCCAAGAGGAUACAGGAUCCUGGUUGCUGUCUUUCCUCUGUCAUGGGGUAAGGCCAGAAGAGGUACUUACCAAACCUGAGGCCUUAAUGGCUUCACCAAGGUGUGAAUACUGUGACCCAGGAUUCUCAAGGCUUUCCUCAUACAGUUAUAGGUCCCCUGAUGGAAGAGGCACUUGGGAAGAUGAUGUAACAAAUUAUCCUGCAGUUUCAGCAUAGAAGGGCCCAUCAGACUGUGUGUGUGUGUGUGUGUGUGUGUGUGUGUGUGUGUGUGUGUGUGUGUGUGUGUGUACGUACAUAGCUAGGCAGCCCCAGUAGAAGCAGCAGAGUAUGUUUUGAUGUUGCUUUGAUAUUGUUCUGAGAGGAGAACACAGGAAAGUUUGUGUGGUUCUAUAAGAGUCAGGAGUGGAGGUCAUGGAAAAGGGAGUAGUCAGGACAGUGCAGUGUGUCCUUCGAGAUGAGAAAACCUCCUCAGGACUGUCCCACAGCCAGAACACAUGAGAGACUGGAAUGAGAUGAAAAUUGUGGAGACAAAGCACUUUUCAUUAAGUGGAAGGUGCUUUGUGCUUAUGUUAGAAGUUGCCUGAGUUUCCUGCAGUGCUGGGCCUCCCUGGAGGGACCUCUGCCUUCCCUCUCCUUGUGGAAAUACAUGCUACUUCUCUGCUUCUGCCCUCAGAAUCUGUUUAAGGAACUGACAAGGUUCACCCUCCCUUAACUGGUUCCUGCCCUCCUUAGUUAACCUGCUUUUGUGCUCCUACUAGGAGGUCUAUUGUCCUGUCUUCCUGUGGCCAGGAGACCCUAUGGUGGUCCCAACCAAGAGGGUCUUUUGCUGCAAGAAGACAAUAUCCCUUUCCCUUUUCCUUUUGCCAGACCUGAAGCUUGAA